AUGUCGCAUUCGCGGAGCCGAUCGCAGAGCGGCCAUGCGCCCUAUCUUCAGACCUCGUCGUUUGGUCGCAAUCAGAGCAACAGCCAAGAGACGUCAUUCUCAUCACAACAUCUGCCAGCGGGCACCACAUCAAAUGAGGCUAUCGCCAUCAUCCGCGCACGCCAAAGCCAACAAGACAUGUACGGCGACGGGCCAUCACGUCAAGUCAAAGAAAUCCAGCAGCGCGGUCACUCGCCUUUAAUCCCGGCGACACAAGUCGACAUGUCGCGCCGCAAUGGUCGCAGCAUCCUCUCUCCUCCCGCAGGCAACGCCUCAACGUCUAACAGCUUGCAAGUGCCUGGGGGAGGCCGACAUCGCUCCGCAUCGCCCGCAGGAGGUAGUGCCCUCCCUCGUGAGCGGUCACGAUCUCCCAACCUCCCGCCAGCCAUGUCGCCACCCCCAGCCAACGGCUACCAGAGCUUCAGCCUUGGGCUUACCGACACAAGCACGCAUCGUGCCCUUCCGGUCCCUUCUCCUGGAGGUGACUCUUCGUACUCCUUCGAGAAAGAAGAGGACUUGUACAGGACCCGUAAGCGCAAGAGCAUGAAACGCGAUGACGACGCGGCAUACCGCCGCGGUGACGACGACUACAGUGAAGACUCGGACGACAACCCUGACCCUACCGUUGGGAUUGCCGCUCGCAACGGUGCCCUGCGUCACCGUCGCAGGACUUCCACUGCCGACUUGCACGACGCAAACCCCCUUCGGCCCCGCAACGGCAAGGGCCGGGCCACGACCAUGUCCGCUGUUCCCGAAGACGAGGGCAUCGAAGACGAAGGCUUUGGACAGGUGGACGAAGGUCUUGGACAAGAGGACGAGGGCGUUGGGCUUGAGGACGUCGCGGACAAGGACGACUAUGCCGACCAUCCAGCAACCUACACAUCACCCGCACCGCAGCGCAUCAUCGUGGCGACUGAGACCACCCUUCCGCGCGCCUAUCGGCAACCCAAGCGGUGGGAACACGCGCUGCGCAACCUUCAGCAGCAGUGCAGACACUGGCUUGCCACGCUAAGAAAGCAUCCCGCCGCGAUUCUCAUCGCCGUAUUGGCUGUGAUGUGGAUGGUUUACAUCUCUUAUCCGGGGGCCAAAUCGUCAACAGUGGUGGCGCCCGUGCCACUCCCAGGCAACUUCGACGAGCUCGCCGGUCGCCUCGGCGGCCUUGAGACGUCUCACACCAAGGGCACGGCGCAGUUGAACCAGCUCGGGCAGCGUCUCGCCCGCCUGGAGGCGGAGCAGAGUGUCCUGUCCGAGCUCAAGCAGCAGCAGGCGGCUGUACUCGCGGACAACCGCCGAACUAGGGACCAGAUGGGCGCUACGAUUGGUCGAGUCGACAAGCUGGAGCGCCGUGUCGACUCAUUAGAAGGCCUCGUGUCCCAGGCAAUCAACGACGGCAGCCUCCGUGAUGCCCUUGGCAAGAUUCUCCCAGCCGUCAUGCCGGUUCGCCGGGCCAAGGACGGCGGAUGGGACAUCGACGACAGCUUCUUCGCCGUGUUCAUGAAGCGUGUGUUGUACGGCACCGGGUCGCUCGAGCAAGAGAUUCGCCACCUCGUGAACCAGGGCGUCGAGACCGAGGCAAAGCGGUGGUCGGAGGACUGGCAGGGCGACUCCAAGCGCUUGACAGAGCGCAUCGAGCAGAUGCUCUCGUCGCACACUGCCGAGAUCCUGAUCAGCCGCGAGGACUUUGUCCAGCUCCUCGAGGAGAGAACGCAGGAACUCUGGCGUGAGAUCCGGUCAGUCCAGGAAAACACUGAGUCGUUGCCCACCGCCAUCAAGCUCAAGACCAGCAAGGGCGAGGACGUGACGGCGAUGCUGCAGGGGAUUGUCGACGCGAGCCUCCUGCGGUACAGCAACGACAAGCUCGGCCUGGUCGACUACGCGUUAUAUUCGGCUGGCGCGCGCGUGAUCGAGGAGACGACGACGCCAACUCUGCAGCUCACAGACGAGCCAAGCUUCAUUGGUCGUCUCUGGGGUGAGAAAGCCGUGUACGCCCGGCCGCCGCACAUCGCGCUGCACCCAGACACGACUGUCGGGCAGUGCUGGGCGUUUGGUGGUCCGGCGGGCGACCUAGGAGUCCUUCUCUCGCGGCCCGAUGUGAUAGUGUCCUCGAUCACGAUCGACCACAUUGCCAAGUCUGUUACGACUGAUAUUUCUUCAGCGCCCAAGGACAUCGAGGUGUGGGUUACCGUCGAGGGUGAGGAGAACCGUGUCAAAGCGCGUCAGUACCUGGAGGAGUCUCCACUGCGUGACGAGCCCACCUCUAUGCCACAGACUGAGGAGAACAUCCUUCUUGCGAAGGUCGUAUAUGACAUCAACUCGGCCACACCCACCCAGACGUUCCCGGUCCCCAAGGAGUUCGUGGACCUCGGCAUUAGUACUCGGAUCACCACGUUCCGUGUGCUCUCCAACUGGGGUGGUGACGUUACGUGCAUUUAUCGAGUUCGUGUGCACGGGUCAACAAAGGAGGCCUCUCCUCCCGGCAGUGAGCUGUAA